AUGGUACACUACAGUGCUGAUGCGGCGGGUGUGCCUAUGUCGGUCGAUUCCAAAGCGGCGUUUUACGAACAUGUGAGCCUGCAAGUCCAGGGCAUCCUAGAUGGCCAGCAAAAUUGGGUAACAAACCUGGCCAAUGUGAGUGCUAUCCUAUACAAUGCUAUGAAUCACUUCGAUGCAUGGAAAGAAAAGCGCGUGAACUGGGCUGGCUUUUAUUUGCUAGCCCCCCUCUUCCCCGGCACCCUCACGCCAGCCGAGAAACCGAUGCUGCAGUUGGGCCCUUUCUGCGGUAUGCCUGCCUGCCAAGCCAUUCCCUCUGUACCAGGUGCGGGCGUAUGUGCUGAUGGAAGUGCCGUGCUACCUCCGGCUCCUCUAUGCGUUCCACGCACAGACGAUUAUCCAAAUCAUAUUGCCUGCGAUUCGCUCUCUCAGUCUGAAAUUGUGGUCCCUCUUGUGGUUCCGCGGAGUGCUCUCUCCGAAGCGCACCAAGCUGCCAUGCAAGGACAUGGCCCUGAUGAGCUGGUGCGCGCCUGGAGUGGUCGCGGCGAUGGUGAUCGGGUAAUCAUAGGCGUCCUAGACAUCGACUGCGAAGCUACAGAAGGCUUCACAGCACAGGACAGUGAGGCUCUCACGGCGCUGAUGAAUAUAGUCGUAGAGGCAUGUGAUUGGAAUGUAUAG